AUGCAAAAAAGCAGAACUAAAGAAGGCUGCACAAAAUACUCGAUCUAUCACUGCAUACUUACCCCUGCCUUAACAUCUUCUAACGUUGCCUUGGCUUCGACUUCUACUUUUGGAUUGCCAACAGAAUUAUGUGCGCCAACUGAAGUAGAAUCAAUAGGAAGUGAAUUAAUGGAGGUGGAAUCAAUUGAGGUGAAAUUGGUGAAAUCAAUAGAGGUGGAAUUAGUGAAAUCAAUGGAGGCGGAAUUGGUAGAAUCAAUGGAGACAGAAUUGGUGGAAUCAAUGGAAACGGAAUUAGUGGAAUCAUUGGAGGCAGAAUUGGUGGAAUCAAUAGAGGUAGAAUUGGUGGAACCAACAGCAGAUGCAUCAGCUGAAAUUGAUGAGAAAACAACAAUAAGGUUAGCAAUUGAGGAGCUAGAUAGGUUAUUAAAAAAAAUUGACAAUCAAAUAGAUAAAGGUGUAAGG